AUGGCUAGUUACGAUUGUUAUCCAGUUGAUUCCGCUGCAAAAUCUUCCCGAUCAGGUCGUCAGCGUCACUUUUACGACGAGGUCCAGUUGGAAUUACUGGACGCAGAGUUCGCCAGGGAUUCGUUUCCCAAUCGAGAAGGUCGUCGCCGCAUCGCCCAGUUGAUUGGCGUCUCUGAGAAAUCAAUUAUGUGGUGGUUUCAGAAUCGCCGUCGACGUGACCGUCAACUUGGAUCAUCACGAGCCGCGACAUCAACUCGUGAAACAAAUCGCCAACAUCGUCGAUCAUCGCCUUACGUUUUUCGUCAACGUCGACAAGAUUCUUCCGUCUCACCUCAAGUGCUUCCGAUUCCUACUGGAUUCUUUUUCGAUCCUACAGUCGUCCCAUGCCUGGAGUCAAUCAACUACUCGACGUCUGAGUCUACAUCUCCACAAUCACCAACAGAAUCGCCCCCUCAAUCCGAAUGGGUCGCUGCCAAUUUUCAAAAGGAGAUUCUUAGUCCUCCUCAGUUCAACUGCAAUUACUCUACUACUGCAGAUGGAUCUCACCCGGAACAGCAGCCACAACAGCACCAAGACUAUUCCUCCCACGUUAUGUUAACAUCAACAUAA